GUUUCGGGUGCGAAAGAAAAGAAAAGAAAACAACACAUGAAAAACACAAAGCAAAAACAACUUUUCGUAAAGCAACCUAAGUAAAACUGAAUUAAAUUAGCAGUGCAAUCGGUUGGACGGGGGAAAAUAGACACUACAAAUGGUGCAGCGGUCGUCAGCAGGUGCCGCUUAAAAAGAUAUCGAGCGAUUUCGUCGCGUCACAAUCACGAUUGGUGGCUGGCUGGCGAUAAGAGAAUACACUAUUACCACAUCGCGAGAGCAACAAUUGCCGGCAAAAGUUUGAUAAAAAGGGCCGUUCGUUUGGCGUGCUGCUGGUGAAAACAUCCCGCCGGAACAGAAUGGCAGAACCGAACGCGCUGCCGCCGGACGUAAAUCCCGAAAACAAUCCCGUCCCCGGCGCACCGCUCAUCAAUCCCGCCCGGCCAAGAAACAAUGUGCAGAAUCCUCUGAUAAAUGUACGCGAUCGUCUGUUUCACGCACUUUUCUUCAAGACGGCCAUCGCUUACGCGCAGACCAUACCACGACCGGUCCGGCGUGCGAUUGAGCUAAUGAUGCUGCUGAAAGCCUUGACGGCGUUUUUCAUCCUUGCCUACAUUCAUGUUCGCUUUUCGCAAACACCCACCACGUGCCUGGAGCACGUGAAAAACGAUUGGCCACGCGAUGGCAUCCUGCGUGUGGAAAUUGCAAGCCUUACCCAAAGUGAGUACGACUCGACCAAACCCAUGUCGACCGACAUUAUGGACGAGGGAGAUGUGAAUGUGCUGCGGAACACGCUCAAAAACGGAAUGAUCAGUAUCGAUCCCUCCACGACGCUACCCCACGAAGAGGAACACAAUCAAAACGGGGCGGACGCACUGCUGCAGCACAGUUACGCCAACAGUAGCCCACUACCGAGCACCGAAAAGGCACCGUACGGCCACGAACCGAUGACAUCGGGCCUAUUUUCUACCGGAGUGACCAUCAACAGUACACCGUUCCCGGGCGGUAAAGAUCUCGGUGCGAAAGAGCAAUCCGAUCCGGUGGUUAAGAAAGCAACCGAUACGAUUACAGUUGCCGUGAAGCAAAGCACGGAAGCGGAAGAUCAGCCACCGGAUAAUGUGGUGGUUUACACCAACGAAACAAUACUGAAAUCGCUCGAUUCGCUCACGUCUAUGGCCUCUGGUGGUGGGGAAGAGCUCAAGUCGGAUAUACCGGUUAUGGAAAAGCUGCGUAAUGCUGUGCUAUCAGCCGAUCAGUACAUUGUGGAAUAUUCGCUCGAGUAUGGAUUUCUGCGCCUUUCGGCUGCCACACGCCAACGGCUAAACAUUCCCGUCGCGGUCGUACGGCUCGAUCCGCACGUGAACAAGUGUUUCGGUGAUUCGUUUAGCCGGCUGAUUUUGAAACAUUUCCUCGGGUACGACGAUAUCCUGAUGGCUUCGGUAAAGGUGCUGGCCGAGCAGGAAGACAAUAAGGGCUAUCUGCGUAACGUCAUCACCGGGGAACACUUUCGCUUUGUGUCGGUUUGGUGGAUGGGUCGUGGAUCGUAUACGGCGGCGUUUUUCAUAAUGGUUCUUUUCACCAUCUCCAUUUCGAUGCUGUUGCGCUACUCCCAUCAUCAGAUCUUUGUGUUUAUAGUGGACCUGCUUCAAAUGCUGGAGUUUAACAUGCCGGUACGGUUUCCUGCCGCGCCACUGUUGACUGUAAUAUUGGCAUUAGUCGGCAUGGAAGCCAUCAUGUCGGAGUUCUUCAACGACACGACGACCGCGUUCUACAUCAUCCUGGUGGUUUGGUUCGCCGAUCAAUACGAUGCAGUUUGCUGUCAUACAAAUGUCACUAAACGUCACUGGUUGAGGUUCUUCUAUCUGUAUCACUUCUCCUUCUACGCUUAUCACUAUCGCUUCAAUGGGCAGUAUAGCAGCUUGGCGUUGGUCACUUCAUGGCUGUUCAUUCAGCAUUCGAUGAUAUACUUCUUCCACCACUACGAGCUACCCGUCAUCAUACAGCAAGCCCAGCUGCAGCAGAUCAUCAUCCAGACGCGAAAUGAGCAGGCCCGCGCUCAGCAGGGAACCUUCCAACAGCAACGACCCCAGCAGCAACAACCGCAGCAGCAGCAGCAACAGCAGCGUCCAACCAACGCCGCCCAGCAACAGCAAGCGAACCGUCGCCCAUCCCAACGGGCUCACGCACUGGCGACGACCAGUUUGCUGCGCUUGUUGCGGCGCCAAAACGACAACAACAACAACAUCGGCGACAUACUGAAUCGCUUCCCGCGCUACAGUCUGCACACGCUGAACGUGAACCACUUUCACGGGUUAAAUGCAUCGUUGCGCGACAUAGCCCGCAACUCGAUCCAGUACCUGCGAUCGAACCUGAACGUGGGCAUGGCGAUGCUGGGUGGAAAUGCGGCCGUUAAUCUGUACAACAAUAACAACAACAUGUUCGGCAUGCAGCAUCGAUUCGUGCGGGCAGCCGUAGGGUUGGUGCACAAUCGCAAUCCAACGCUGCAGGAUGCGGCGCCCGUGAAUGGGGACGGUGGUGAGCAGGAUCACGGUGAGCCACCGAUCGAUCGUCGCAGCAACUAUCAGCGUAAUUAUGAGGAAAAUAAUUUCAUUUUUCCUGAAGCAGUGCAGCAGCCGACGGAAGCAUCCCACAGUCAGCGGGAUGUGCCAUCCGUUGUUGGGGACGGCUUUGUCCCGGACGCCACGGCGGCGUCCUACCGUUCGGCGUCGAUCGACGAUGCCCAGCAAAAGACGGCCCCUUCGGUCGGCACCAUCGAGCCACUGGUGCAGGACGUCAGUGAUGCUCAUCGUGUGGUCAGCAAACAGCAGCAGCAGCAGAGUGUGAGUGCUGGGCCCUUGGAAGUGCCAGUCGCUGCCAGCGUCGAUCGAGCGCCGACCAGCGACGCCGCUAGUCAACUACCCUCGUCUAGUAGUAAUAGUCACGAUUCCGCCAGCAGUACAGGGCGGACGGAAACGUUGUUCGACCCGGAGAACACACCUCGGAGACGGCCGCAGCAACAAUCUGAACCAGCGCAACCGAUCGAAUCGUCCCUAUAAAGCCUGGUGUGCGUGUAGCCGCCUACGGACGAUUUCGAUCAUGGGCCAACGGCUGUCUCUAUGUGUGUGUCUGUGUAUGUGAUGAUGACGAUGAUGAUGUAUUUCUGUAUUGAUGUUUCAGUGUUAGGUUGGAUUUUGUGUUUCAGUCUCAAUUUUAUUUAAAUGGGUUUUUAACGCAUUCUGAAGAGGAAAACCAAACGAAAGGAUUAUUUAUAUACAACAGUUUACACACACUAAUCAACCAUGCCGUGUUUGUCGGCAGCAAAAAUGGAUGUGCAUGCAUGGUUGAGCGGGGACGUCGUGCGAUGUCCUGUAUCGUGCUUGUGAUAUGUAAAAGGGCAGGGUGACAGGUGACUACCAGCCAGAACUACUACUCCAGAACGAUGGCGUUGCAUUAACUGAACAAUAAAAAAUGACUUUUGAACGCAAACGGAACCGUGCUGGAACCGUACACUAAUCAACCACUAGAAUGAACCAAGCGAACUGACCCUGAGAUACGGUCCGCUUCACUUGCUCUAUACGAUCACGAUCAUCUGACGGGGAAAGGACUGCAGGCGUAGUGUGGCAGACGGCGGACCGGAAACGCGAGACAGGCAACAAGGCAACACACGCUACAUUACUUGUACAUAUAGAAGCGAUGAAUGUUGAAGUUUUUAUCAUACUAAAGUAUAUUAUUAUUUUGUACUCUCAGUUUCGUGGCGCAACGAAAGCGUGCGGCAAAUGAAGUGGUGCGUGGGAGGAGAGGCAAGUGCUGUGGGUUAUCCUCGCGUGGAAUGGGAUCAUUUUGGGAACGUUUAGGAACGACACAACACACACACACCAGACAGGCGAUGAUAGCCUACAAGCCGCAAUGUAGCCAACGUUAGUGUUAGAGUAGUAGCAACCCCACUGAAUGACACGUCUCGGUCUAGAGUGUGUGUCUGUGUGCGUGUGGAUGUGUGUUUGAGUCAUUUGGUGCAUAUAGUAUGGUUUAUCGGGGUUUUUACAUUGCCCUGUUUAAAUGGUCCUGUUCCCCAACUGCGAAAAAGGAUAACGACACAAAAUGCCUAAACGAGCUUCAUUUCCCCCCCUGGCUUUCAGAGUUGCCCUUUUACAGUGUUGGGUUAAACAAUUGCAGGCAAAUAAAACAAGCAAGUCAAACAAUG